AUGGAGAAAUCUAACUUCUCGAACAAGAAUUUUCGAAAGCUGAUUUCAGAUAUUGAAGAAAUAGUCGACCAAGAGCUUACAGCUUCACAGAUAGAGAAAGGCGUUGAGAGCAUCAGGCAUCUGUCAGAAUUCCUGAUUUAUUCCAAGAAGAAAUAAGCUCACCUAUUUUGAAUUCUUUGUUGAGAAUAGAGUGCUGGAUACCUUCUCUGCUAUCCUGGAUAAAUGCAAUAUUAAUAUCAACAUACAGCUGAUUCAGACUAUGAGCAUCUUGAUUCAGAACAUAGAAGAUGAGCAAAACUCUUUUUAUCUAUUUUCCAAUCCUUUUCUGAACAAACUCAUCUCUUUCAACUUUGAUCUGAGUGAGAACAAUGAGCUGGUGGAUUACUAUAUAUCCUUCCUGAAGAUGCUUUCUAAUAACCUUAAUGAUGUCAGCAUACAGUUCUUCUACUCAAAAAGUCAGGAUUUUUCUCUUUAUGGAGCAGCUACCAGUCUUUAUAACCAUUCAGAGCCUUUGGUACGGACAGGAGCGAGGACUAUUACAUUGAAUAUUUACAGAAAUUGUGAAGAGAAAAUGCUAAAUUGUCUCUUAUCUCUUCCUUAUGCGUCCUAUUUCCCAAACAUUUCUGCACAAUUGAUGAGGUACUGGAAGCGGAUAGAUAAGAGCCUGAUGCAGGAAGUAGAGUUUGAUGAUCUAAGAGACGAGUUAGAGGACAUUAAUGAUCUUCUUAUGUACUUCCAGGACAUAUUUGAUCAGAAAAUUCCUAAGCUCACCAAAGCCUUAGCAAAUAGUCUCUUAUAUUAUGCUUACUUCCCUUGUUUGAUUGGAAGUAUAGGCAACUACAAAAAGGGGCCAGAGAUAUCAUCUUAUUCAGCAGUAAUUUUCUUCCUCUGUCAGACCUACAAUUACAUAAAGGAGCCAUCUUUCAUCAAUACUCUCUCUGUUGUUGUCUUUAUGCCUAAUAUUCCUCAACAAUUCUUAAAGCUAGUUGCUGGAAGUGUGAAGAUUCCUCUCAGCUACAGAGAGACUUACACUAGAAGGCUGGUAUCCACAAAUCUGUACAAUUAUGCUGAAGAAAGUCUUUCAAUAGUUUCUCUCUUAGACAAAAUGAUAAAUUCAACCCAUUCUUUCCUUGACAUAGCUACAGAUGAAUAUUUCCAGCUUAGAGAGGAAGAAGGCCGAGGAGACGAGUCUAUAAUGGACGACCCAAUCGAGUUAAAAUAGAAAGUCAAUUGAAUUUGUCAGUAAAUGACUCAAAGAAAAUGAGUUAAAGAAGAUUGUCAAAUAUCACACCCAACUUUCAAUUGCCUUAGGAAAGCCAAUCGGAAUGCUUGAGAAAGAGAAGCAGUUUGACUAUGUCUCCAUCACAGAUUUCACAGAGGAUAUCCUUGACUCAAUGUACAACAACAGUUAUGAUAAAUUUAUUGUCAGGAACAAGAACGAGAUAAAUGAAAGCUCCCAGAGCUUGAUUAAUUUCCUAAAUUCCAAGGAUGAUUCCCUGAUUCUUCUCCUAAACUCCUUGCUAUACAUUUAUAUGAACUCUAAAGCAGUUGAUCCUUGAGUUUUGUAUCACUCAAGGCUAUAUCCUAUUGGAAAAAUCAGUGACAAAAAUCCUGAAGAGCAUAGCUGUGAGAGCGAAGAAUCAAAGGGCUUUGUAGGAGAGAAUGAGAACUUCAAAGACCAGAAUGAUUUCUUAGACCCUCAGAUCCAUCAAAGAAUGAAGACAUAUAACGAGCAUAUUCUGAUGACUUAUGAUGAACCUCAAUACGACCAGGAGAUAAUGUGAAAAAUAUUGAAUCUAGUCUGUACAGAUCCACCUUUCCGUCAGGUGACAUUUAGAUUCUUGAUAAUGGUCAGUUACUACCUGACCUACCAUAAGGAUCUCAAUAUCUGAUUGCACAGGGAGGAAUAUGAGAAACUAAUCUAUGCUUAUAGGCAAAGUAUCCGGUCCAUCACCCAUUUAUACGCAGAUUUUCAAGUUUCACAAGCUUUUCUUGAAAUUUUUGAGUACGAAUACAAAAAUUUCAGUCUCUGAGAUGACGAUAAAUUCAAGCGUAUUGUGAGAAAUCCUUGGAUUAUCAUUCCAAUAUAUGAUGAGAAGAACCAGAAGAAUCUUCCUGAUAUACUGAAGACAAGUGAUAGCAAAGUGCAGCAAAUAAAAGACCAGAUUCAGAGGUUCCUCACCUUGGGACAUCUCCUUAAUAAGCUAAAUUCUGAGAAACUUGUUCUAAUUUUCAAAGAUUAUCCUUUCAAGUUUGAAGGAAGAGAUGUAUACUCAUGGGAGAUUGGAGAUGUGAUCAUAAUCGAUGAGGACAAAACACUUGUCCUGUGCAAUAUAAUUGAAGGCAAAUCUGCUUUAACAAGGUAUAUAGUCCUCGACCCUGAGUUCUUUAUCCUAGCUGAGCCAAAUUUUGAUGAUGGCCCCUACAAAACAGUCAAAGUAUGCAUGAAAUAUUCUUUGAAGAACAUAAAAGUUGAACAAGACCCUAAGAAAUCAUCCAAAAUGCAAGUAGGAGUGUAUGAAUAUGACCAUGAUGGGGAUUGAAAGCAUUCAUAUUUCACCUUAACCUUUGAAAACAGUGUUAACAUGGGUGCUAGUAAGAAGACCAUAGAGAAUAACCAGAGGCAGCAAGCUGAAUUCAUUGACACUCAAGUCUACUCCUUCUUCGACUUCUGUCUUGACACAAUAGGAGAGGAGACCCAGACUGGAUAAUUCCAAUUCAAUACAGAAA